CCUGACGCUUCCCGAUGUCCUGGGCAAGGCCUCCAGCACCCAGCUGGACCAGCACCUGUUCCGUUUCCGCAGCUCCCACCUGGAGCAGAUCCUGCAGGCGGCCCUGAGGCUCAAACACCACGAGUGCAGCCUGGCCCCGCUCCUGGAGCAGGGAGAGGACUGGCUGAGCCGCCUGCACAGCAUGGCCCAGGAGCCCCAGAACAGCCUGCCAGACAUCGUGAUCUGGAUGCUGCAGGGGGACAGGCGCGUGGCCUACGCCCGUGUGCCGGCACACCGGGUGCUCUUCUCCAGGAACAUCCCCCAGUGCUGCGGCGCUGACUGCGGCAAGCUGCAGACCAUCUUCCUCAAGUACCCGCAGGAGGAGGCUCCGGGGCCGCGGAUCCCGGCGCAGAUCCGGGUGCGGCUCUGGCUCGGCCUGGCGGCGGACGAGAAGGAAUUCAACCGCUACGCCGAGGGGAAGCUCUCCGUGUUCGCCGAGACCUACGAGAACCAGACGAAGCUGGCGCUGGUGGGGAACUGGGGCACCACUGGCCUCACCUACCCCAAGUACUCGGACGUGACGGGCAGGAUGAAGCUGCCCAAGGAAAGCUUCCGCCCCUCGGCCGGCUGGGCCUGGGCCGGGGACUGGUUCGUCUGCCCCGAGAGGACGUUGCUCCAUGAUGUGGAUGCAGGACACCUGAGCUUCGUGGAGGAGGUGUUUGAGAACCAGGUCCGGCUCCCUGGGGGGCAGUGGAUCCACAUGACCGACGCCUACACCGAUGUGAACGGGGAGAAGGUCUUGCCCAAGGAUGAGAUUGAGUGUCCUCCAGGCUGGAAAUGGGAAGACCUGGAGUGGGACACGGAUCUCAACAGAGCUGUGGAUGAGAAAGGCUGGGAAUACGGGCUGACCAUCCCCCCGGAGCGCAAGCCCAAGGCCUGGGUGCCGGCGGAGAAGAUGUACCACACCAACCGGCGCCGGCGCUGGGUGCGGCUCCGCCGGCGCGACCUGGAGCACAUGGACACCUCCAGGAAGCACAAGCAGGAGGAGCUGGAUGGGGAGGGCUGGGAAUACGCGUCGCUCUUUGGAUGGCGCUUCCACCUGAAGCAGCGCCGGACCGACUCGUUCCGCCGGCGCCGCUGGAGGCGCAGGAUGGAGCCCCUGGAACGCACCGGAGCCGCCGCCGUCUUCGCCCUGGAGGGGGCUCUGGGGGGGGUGACGGAUGACAGGAGUGACGACGGGAAAGGCACAUCCACGCUGAGCUUCGGAGUGAACAGACCCACCAUCUCCUGCAUCUUCGACUGUGGGAACAGGUACCACCUGCGCUGUUACCUGUACCAGGCACGGGAUCUCCUGGCCAUGGACAAGGACAGUUUCUCAGAUCCCUACGCCAUCGUGUCCUUCCUGCACCAAAGCCAGAAGACUGUGGUGGUGAAGAACACCCUGAACCCCACGUGGGACCAGACCCUGAUCUUCUACGAGAUCGAGAUCUUCGGGGACCCCCAGGGCGUGGCCGAGGCCCCCCCCAGCAUCGUGGUGGAGAUCUACGACCACGACACCUACGGAGCAGAUGAGUUCAUGGGGCGCUGCAUCUGCCGGCCCAGCCUGGAGCGCUCGCCCCGGCUGUGCUGGCACCCCGUCACCAAGGCAGGCAGGAACGUGGGGGAGCUCCUGGCGGCCUUCGAGCUCAUCCAGAGGGAGAAGCCGGCUGUCCAUCACAUCCCUGGCUUCGAGAGUGAUUUGUCCUCCAGCCUGGACGAG